AUGGAGCGAGACGAAGAAGCGAGUGGACCGAUGAUGGAGAUGUGCACUAACGGCGGCGAAGAGACGUCUAAUCGGAGACCUAUUAUAAGUGGCGAGCCGCUCGACAUCGAGGCUUACGCGGCGCUGUACAAAGGUCGCACGAAGAUCAUGCGCCUUCUCUUCAUCGCUAACCAUUGCGGUGGAAACCAAGCGAUUCAGCUGGAUGCGUUGAGGAUGGCUUACGAUGAGAUCAAGAAGGGAGAGAAUACGCAGCUGUUCAGAGAAGUGGUCAAUAGGAUUAACGGGAAGCUUGGGGAUAAGUACGGGAUGGAUUCGGCCUGGUGUGAAGCUGUCGAUCGUCGCGCUGAACAGAAGAAAGGAAAGCUCGAGAAUGAGCUCAGCUCGUAUCGGACAAAUCUGAUCAAGGAAAGCAUUAGAAUGGGUUACAAUGACUUUGGGGACUUCUACUAUGCGUGUGGUUUGCUCGCAGAUGCUUUCAAGAAUUAUAUUCGAACACGAGACUACUGCACCACGGGAAAGCACAUCAAUCACAUGUGCAUGAAUGCGAUUCUUGUCAGCAUCGAGAUGGGUCAGUUUACUCAUGUUACAAGCUACGUGAACAAGGCAGAGCAGAAUACAGAGACCCUUGAACCUAUUGUGGUUGCAAAACUUCGAUGUGCUUCUGGAUUGGCUCAUUUGGAGCUGAAGAAGUAUAAGCUGGCUGCUCGCAAGUUUUUGGAUGUUAAUCCAGAACUUGGAAAUUCCUACAAUGAGGUCAUUGCUCCUCAAGAUGUUGCCACCUAUGGAGGACUCUGUGCACUUGCUACCUUUGAUCGAUCAGAACUAAAGCAAAAAGUCAUCGACAAUAUCAACUUCCGGAAUUUCUUGGAGCUAGUACCUGAUGUCAGGGAACUUAUCAACGAUUUCUAUUCAAGCCGCUAUGCUUCCUGUCUGGCAUACCUAGAAAGUCUCAAAGGGAAUUUGAUGCUGGACAUCCAUCUUCAUGACCACGUCGACACACUGUAUGAUCAGAUAAGGAAGAAGGCACUGAUCCAGUACACACUCCCCUUUGUGUCUGUUGACUUGAGCAGGAUGGCAGAUGCGUUCAAGACCAGCGUCUCUGGUCUAGAGAAAGAACUUGAAGCCUUGAUCACCGACAACCAGAUACAGGCACGAAUCGAUUCACACAACAAAAUUCUCUACGCGAGGCACGCUGAUCAGAGGAAUGCAACAUUCCAGAAGGUACUUCAGAUGGGAAACGAAUUCGAUAGAGAUGUCAGGGCAAUGAUGUUGAGAGCCAACCUUCUGAAACACGAGUACCAUGCCAAAGCUAACAGAAAACUUUAG